AAGCACUUACAUCAUUCUUCCUGUAUUUAAUCUUUUAUUAUUAUUCUAACUUUACAAUUUUCAACAGAAAUGAAGAAAGCUGAGCUGGUGUUCAUCCCUUCAACGGGCGUCGGCCACGUUGUAACGAUGGUGGAGAUGGCAAAGGUUCUGGUCGACCGCCACCACCGUCUCUCCAUCACAGUCCUCAUCAUGCAGCUCCCCUUCAGCACAAAAGUCCCCGACUACCUUCACUCACUCUCUCUCACUCAACUCAACAACAACAUCAAAAUUGUUGAACUCCCAAAACUUAAUCUUUCCCCUUCAAAUUUUCCUUCCCGCGUAAGCUUCAUUGAUUUGUUCAUCAAAAGCCAUGUACCCCUCGUCAAGGAAGCGGUAAGUAAUCUUAUUCAGACCGAGUCAGCAUCCGGUGACUCACCUAGACUCGCUGGGUUCGUUCUCGACAUGUUCUGUGGUGACAUGAUCGAAGUAGCGAAUGAUUUUGGAGUUCCUAGCUACACAUUCUACCCCUCCUGUGCAGCUUUUCUUGGCAUGCAGUUACACUUGCAAGCUCUUUGUGAUGAGCAAAACCAGCACAUCACUGAGUUGAAAGACUUGGUCACCGAGUUAACUGUACCGAGUCUUGUUAAGCCAUUUCCCGUGAAGGCUUUGCCUAUUGUGUUGCAACAGAAGGAGUGGACUAGGGUUUUGUUUCGACAUGCGAGGCUUUUCAGAGAAGUGAAGGGUAUUAUUGUAAAUACAUUCAUGGAACUAGAAUCCUAUGCGGUCGAGUCUUUCUCCAAUGGCAAGUUGACCAAUGUCCCACCUGUGUAUACAAUAGGACCCAUUUUGAAUCUAGAAGGUGAUAAGAUUGAUCAGGGAUCAGUGAGUUCCGUUUCGAAAUCAGAAAUCAUGGAGUGGCUUGAUGAUCAACCACCAUCAUCAGUUGUAUUUCUCUGCUUUGGGAGCAUGGGAAGCUUCAGUGGAGAUCAGGUGAAGGAGAUCGCCUUUGCACUUGAAAAUAGCGGCCAUCGGUUUUUGUGGUCUCUACGUCAACCUCCACCCCUGGGUCAAGUCGGUAACCCUACUGAUUAUGUAAAUCUGACGGAUGUCCUACCUGAAGGGUUUACUGAUCGGACGGUUGGGAUUGGAAAGAUAAUUGGAUGGGCCCCACAAAUAUCGAUCCUAGCCCACAAGGCAAUCGGAGGGUUUGUAUCACAUUGUGGAUGGAAUUCGGUGUUAGAGAGUGUAUGGUUUGGAGUCCCGAUUGCUGCGUGGCCGAUGUACGCGGAGCAACAAUUUAACGCCGUUGAGAUGGUGAUGGAGUUGGAAUUAGCGGUCGAGAUUAAAAUGGAUUAUUUAAAAGAUAUUUCCGGGGAGAGUCUAAUAAUUGUGACUGCAAAACAGAUAGAGAAAGGAAUCAAGGAAUUAAUGGAUCCUGAUUGUGAGAUCAGGAAACGGAUGGCGGAGAUGAGUGCAAAGAGUAGAAAGGCUGUGAUGAAGGGUGGAUCUUCCUUCUUCUCAAUGGGUUGCUUGAUUGAUGAAGUCAUGGGCAACACUGAAGACAGAAUCUAGACGAGUAAGAAUUCUCGCUGAGCUGGUGUUCAUCCCUUCACCAGGCGUCGGCCACCUGAUAUCGACGGUGGGGAAUCAUCACAACCUAUCGCCUCUUCUUCAUCAUCAGAGCAGACGAUGAGUAGUCUGUUAUAAGUGGAUAAAGCAAGAAGAUUUUGUAAGACGACUCUGUGACUCUGUCCAAGUUCAGAGUCGUCGCACAGAGUUAUGAUGUGAUGAACAACACAGAAUAAUAACUGAAGUGAUUGAUUUUAUUUGAAGUUCGAGCAUGAUAUAUUUUAAAUUAAAUGGUUGAGUAAUAUGGUUUCCUUUUUGUAAUUGCACUAUUUAGUUUUAUUGAAUUUGAAUACUGUUGUUUGAA